UAUGGCGGCGGUGGCAAAUUACACAUUUUUAAAAUAUUGUUUUUGUAUUGGUAAUAAAUAAUACAUAAAUCGUUAAUACAACCUUCUAUAGACUAAAUACUACAAUACGACAAUGUCGAGUUCAGUUUAUGAAACGUUUAACUUACCAAAUACGAGUAAAAUAUAUGGAAAUCCAAUAUGCCAUGUGUAUAUUGCUGAUGGUUUCCAAGAUGACUGCGAGAAUUUGAUACAAAAGUGUGUAGUGCGACAUGAUAUACUGGAGUACCACAUGUUCUGUAGAAUUUGGAAGGAAAUGAACAUGGGGUGUUUAUAUCAAGGACGGACCUCAGCGGCGGAAAUAGCGGAGCUAUCAGAAGAAGUGUUGCACAUAGCUAAGCAUUACAUGGUUGCUGAUACAACUAUAUUUGAGGAGUCAGUGGCCGGUCUGUUCUUAGUGUAUAGUUUAAUGCAUUUACAACCAUUUCAAAAUUUCGCAUCUUUACGUCUUGUACCUGAAGAUAUUCCAGCAAUUCAACGUAUAGAGACAGUUGCUAGAAGAGAGAAACGGUACGAUGUUUUAUAUAUACUGGCAUCUGUGCUUAUUAAAGGACCUUGUCAGUUUCACGCUGCGGAGAGAGAAAGAGGCAUGGAGCCAGCUAUUAAGAAAUAUUUGGAUGGAUUUAAAAGUUUAGACAGUGUGAGGGGGGUGCGAUGUAGGGGUGUAUUCUAUCAACAGACUGAAGAACUGGACCUCAUUAGGGAGAUCGGAGUUAUCACAAAGAAAUAUACUGAGGCAAAAGCGGAAGUUAUGGGCCCUGGUUGUGUGGAUCAAAGUCUUCAAUAUAUUGAUGAAAAUUUAUCAGACGAAUUAAGUUACUCACUUAAAAAUCUCUUAAGUGGAUUCCAAGAUGACGACGACGAUAUCAAUGAAGAUAAUGUGAAAACUGAAAAGACACAUUUGAAUUCAGUGGAAGAAAUUAAAAUGAAAGCAAUGAAAGAAGUUGUGAAUCCAUUAAAACACCUUACAGGAGUUGACAAUAGAAAAAAAGUAACAAAAACGAAACAAGAAGAGCGUAAGGGUGUUGCAUGUAGUGGUAAACAAUUGGAAAAAUGUGACUCAAAUAAAAAAAGACAACCAUCACCUAACGAGAAUAAAAGUAAAAAAAUAAAAAAAAACGAAGACGAAACGGAUGUGAAAAGUGAAGACGAAGCUGAUAUAGAAUUACAUAUAUCAUAUUCUGAUUGUGAAUCAAGUGAUAAUGAAAAUAUAACAGAAACUCCAAUAGUCAAAUCUUUACCAGUAUUAAUAAAUAAUACUGGAGAAUAUGAAAUAGAGAUAAUUAACGAGGGUGAAUCAAAUGAGAUGACCUCAAAGUCAAAUCAAACUGUAGUCAAAACACUAACCGUACCAAUGAAAAGGGUUAAAAAGGAAAAAAUGAGAACAUUAAAAAAUAGACAAUUGAGAUCAAGAUUGAGCCGUUUGGGGACAUUAAAAGUUGCAAGUUUAGAUAAAUAGAAAUGGGCAAUUUUUUACCUACUUUUGAGGUUAUGCAUAAGAAAUAAAAUAAAUCAUUAUUGGUAAAUGAAUUUAUUCGAUCAUUGCAUAAACAAAAUGAGAUCGCCAAUCAAUUUUACAAAAGUUAUUACAGUUGGAAAUACAUUUUUUUUAAUUGUAAUUAGUCAUUUUAUGUUUAAACA